CACCAAAACACCCACCCACAAUGUCCUCCCAACCCUCCGAAGCAGACCGCCCCAAAAUAGGCGUCGGCGUCAUAAUCCACGACCGUCGCGGAAACAUCAUAAUGGGCCAACGCACCACCUCGCCCGGAAAAGGCACACUCCAACUCCCAGGCGGCCACCUCGAGCACUCCGAGACCUUCGCCUCCUGCGCGGUCCGCGAGACGCGCGAGGAGACGGGGUUGGAGGUGGCGGACGUGAGGUUUCUAACCGCUACGAACACUGUUUUCCCCCCUGAAGAAGGGGAGCAGCGGGGGAAGCAUUAUGUUACUGUUUUUGUUACGGCUGUGGUUUCUGAGGGAUCUGAGAGGAAGGCGCCGGUGAAUAUGGAGCCGAAUAAGUGUGAUGGAUGGGAGUGGGUUGCGUGGAGGGAUAUGUGGGACUGGGCUGGGGAGCAUAUUGCGGAGAGGGAGGGUGAGGG